AAACCUCGCCCUCAACUUAGGCGCGCGUCCACAAAGUGGCGCGUUCACAGCACUCGCUGCUGUGACACUGGGGAAAAACCUAGCGAAGCUUUUACCUAUCCCGGAUUCGACAUACAUGUUCCGUUUUCAGUCCCUGGAUGAUGACUGUACGCUUGAGGAGGAAGAGGGGCUGGUGGAAGAGGAAGAUGAGAUCGACCAGUUCAAUGAUGAUACUUUUGGGGCCGGUGCAAUAGACGAUGACUGGCAGGAAGAACAUGCACGUCUGGCUGAGUUGGACGAGCGAGUACGGGAUGGGGUGGGAGGCAGCGGGGAUGUGUCUACUGCAUCCCUCCCUGCUCCUGCCAGAUGCAUCCCCUCUUCCCUGCCGCCUCCAGGGCUGGAAGAGAGGGGGGGUGGGGACUUGGCCGAAUCCCUCACCAGGCUGAUUCUGGGGACAGACCCUGCCAUUGCAGGGGUGGGUGCGGCCGAACCUGACCGAGUCCGCCUGCCCCCGCCCUCACACCAGCAAGCCCCGCCCUCCACCCUUCCUGGUGCUUCGCAUCCGCUACUUGGUUACCAGCAGCACCAGCAUUUGCUACGCCGGGGGACGGCGCCCCUUCAGAUGAACUCUCACAGUAUUUGGGAGAACAACAUGGGCUUCGGGCCGGUCAGUGUUGCUCCUGGACUCGGUGCUCACAUGGAGGACAGCCCUCUCAUGUCCAUUAUCAAGGAGGUGGGGCUGCCUAAGCGUCCUCCACCAAUCAGAAGCGACGAAAACCGGGACCUGUCAGAGAGAGUCCCGCCCCCUCGCGCUUCUUCGCCUGUGAUAGGCAGCCCUCCUGUGAGGGCAGUGCCCAUUGGAACUCCUCCCAAACAGCCAAUGAGCCAUGUGCUCAAUCAACAGCUCCAUUGCCCCACUGCUGUACAUGUAAGAGCCCCAGUCCAGCACCGAUACCCCCCUCCCUUUCCUGAACGCCUGUCCCCCAACACCUUGCUCAACAUCGCUAACUCUCCACUGUGCAGACACCCAUUUUCAGCUGGAGUGGGCCCCGUCCUGUCCCAGAUCCAGCGUGCCCAGCUGCUCAGCUCUCAGGUGGGGGCCUUCCCCAGGGGUGGUCCUGCUCCUCCUCUCUUACCUGGGGGUGGCGGGGGGUUCAGACCAUUUUUCGGGCAGCCCCCUCCAAGGGUUGGACCCCAUAUCCCCCCGAACCACAAUGCAGUUCGCCACAACACCACCCACCUCCACCCUCAGCAUCGGAGAAUGCUGACGCAGAGGCUACAGAGCAGAGGUGACAGAGGGGGCAGAGUCGGGGACAGGCGGAUCAGGGACCCUUACAGUAACCUGAUGACACAGCGGGAGAAAGACUGGGUGGCCCGCAUUCAGAUGAUGCAGCUACAGAGCACUGACCCUUACCUGGAUGACUACUAUUACCAGAAUUACUACGAGAAGAUGGAGAAGAGGCAAGAGCGGGAUAGGGACAGCAGCAGGAAGGAGCACACUACCAAACUCAUCACUCCCCAGGUGGCAAAACUGGAGCACGCUUACAAGCCAGUGCAAUUUGCUGGCUCCCUGGGGAAGCUGACCGUGUCUAGUGUGAACAACCCCAGGAAAAUGAUUGAUGCCGUAGUGACCAGUCGUACUGACGAUGAGGAGAAGAGGGAGAAGCAGGUCUGGAACAAGCGUAGGCAGAUCCUGUACACAGUGGAAAAGAUGUACAGCCUGCUGUUGGAGGUGCAGGACUUUGAGAAGAAGUUCAUCCAGACUCCAGAGGAACAGAGAGAAGCUCUGCUGGAGCAGCACAAGACCCAUACCCUGCAGCUAUACAACACGCUGAGAGAGAGGGAAUGGGACGACCGGGUGAGUGACGAGCAGUGUCUGAUGAUCAUGUCUGUGAGGAAAGGGAAGCGGCUUGUCUCCCGGCUUCUUCCCUUCCUGCCCCCACCGCAGGCCGCCGCUGUUGUCAUGGCAAUCGCCCGGAACAUGCCGGCGCUAGCUAAGAAGGACAAGCAAGACCAGGUGCUGUGCUGGCUGGUGGAGCCAGUUGCUGUGGUCAUCCAGUCUCUCUCCAGCUCUGCCCUCACAGACCUGCUGCAGGAGCUCCAGGGCAGUGAGGGCCAGCUCCCCCGUGUGCUGCAAAAUAAGUUUGGUGUGACACUGCUGUACCUGAUUCUAAGCGAGGGCGAGAGGAUGCAGAGCUCUGAUCCAAACUGUCAGUUAAUGGAUGACAACCGAUGGACAGAGCUGGUGUUCUCUGUGACCAGGGAGCUGUUGAACGUCCCUCCCUCCUCUCUUUCUCCUCCACUCUUCACCCCUCCAAACCUCCUCUCGCUCUUCUCUCGCUAUGUAGACCGACAGCGCCUGGAGCUGCUUCAGGAGAAACUUCAGAUCUCAGCUCUGUCUAGGUAGAAGUGGCUUCACACAUCACGAAUAUCCCUUUGAGGAAUGGCCGUUUGUGCAUCUGUAUGUGUAUUCCUGUCUGAGCGACUGGUCAGGGAGUUCUUUGGUUGAUACAGAUUUUAAUCCUGCAAGAAAUGUCUCACUUUUUUCUUAUGUUUAUUAGGUGUGCGUGCGUGCAUGUGUGUGUGUAUGUGUGCGCGCGUGCGUGUGUGCACAGGCGUGCACCCUCAUGCUAGCCUGUGCGAAGAGAUUCAAAUGGAAGUCACAUUUUUAAAAAAUCUUGUUAACAUGAUGCCCAUUAAUGAAAUUAAAAUUAUUUCUAUUGUAUAAAGUUGAA